GGCGGAGGCGGCGGAGGAGAAGGAGGAGGAGGAGGAGGAGGAGGGGUGAGGGGCGGGGAGCGCCGGGCCCGGAGCGCAGCAGGUCCGCUUGGACGUUCCAGAUACCUCCCUCUACCUGAUGCAGCUGAUACAAUCAGGAUGGCUUUAAACUCAGGAUCUCCACCAGGUGUCGGGCCUUACUAUGAAAACCACGGAUUCCAGCCCGAAAGCCUCUACCCUCCACAGCCGCCCAUGGCGCCCCGUGCCUACGUGGGGUAUCCAGCUCAGUACUACCCGCCCGCGGUGCCCCAGUACACCCCCAGGGUUCAGACGCACGCCUCGACACCUGUCAUCUGCACGCAGCCCAAACCCCCGUCGGGGACAGCGUGGACCUCAAGGACUAAGAAAUUCUUGUGCAUCGCUUUCACCCUGGGGGCCCUCCUGGUGGGAGCCGUCCUGGCCGCUGUCCUGCUCUGGAAAUUCAUGGAAGACGAGUGCUCUGGGAUGGAGUGUGGCUCCUCGGGGAGCUGCGUCAGCCCCUCUCACUGGUGCGACGGCAUCCUGCACUGCCCUGGAGGCGAGGACGAGAACCGAUGCGUUCGCCUCUACGGACCCAACUUCAUCCUUCAGGUGUACUCAGCUCAGAGGAAGUCCUGGCAUCCCGUGUGCCGGGACGAUUGGAGUGACAGCUACGGGCGGGCAGCAUGCCAAGACAUGGGCUACCGGAAUAGCUUUUUUUCUAGCCAAGGAGUAGCAGAUGACAGCGGGGCCACAAGCUUUAUGAAGCUGAACAUAAGUGCCAACGAUAUCGAUCUCUAUAAAAAACUCUACCACAGUGAUGUCUGUUCUUCAAAAACUGUGGUUUCCUUACGCUGUAUAGAGUGCGGCGUCUCCGGGAAGACGAGCCGCCAGAGCCGGAUCGUGGGCGGGUCGCUCGCGGCCCCCGGGGACUGGCCCUGGCAGGUCAGCCUGCACGUGCAGGGCAUCCACGUCUGCGGGGGCUCCAUCAUCACCCCCGAGUGGAUCGUGACGGCCGCCCACUGCGUGGAGGAACCCCUUAACAAUCCCAAGAUUUGGGCAGCCUUUGCAGGAAUUUUGAGCCAAUCUUCCAUGUUCUACGGAAGCGGAUACCGAGUAGCAAAAGUGAUUUCCCACCCAAAUUACGAUUCCAAGACCAAGAACAACGACAUCGCUCUUAUGAAGCUGCAGGCGCCUCUGACUUUUAACGACAGAGUGAAACCGGUGUGUCUGCCCAACCCAGGCAUGAUGCUCGAGCCGACACAACCCUGCUGGAUUUCCGGGUGGGGGGCCACCUAUGAGAAAGGGAGAACCUCAGACCUGCUGAACGCGGCCAAGGUGCAGCUCAUCGAGCCCUGGCAAUGCAACGGCAAGCACGUGUACAACAACCUCGUCACGCCGGCCAUGAUCUGCGCGGGGUACCUGCAGGGAACCGUCGACUCCUGCCAGGGUGACAGCGGAGGGCCUCUGGUCACUCAGAAGAGCAGCCUCUGGUGGCUGAUUGGGGACACGAGCUGGGGUUCCGGCUGCGCCAAGGCUUACCGACCGGGAGUGUACGGAAACGUGACCAUGUUUACAGACUGGAUUUAUCGCCAAAUGAGGGUAACUUUCCCGUCCUCCUGACCAGGUUCUCUGACUCGUUUGUCCACGCCCAGACGUCUAGGAGGUGUGGUCCCCGUGUCAGGGGGCGUCCCCUCCCGCAGCCUCCAGGGCCCACCUCUGGUGUUUGGAUGA